AGGGAAAAUUAUCAAUAUGAAGUGCAGUCAAAGAAAUUGCGUGAAAUAGAAAAUUUUUAUCGCGAAAUGUAAUCGUAAAAUAAAUUGUUUGGUGCGAUGUGUUUGUGUUUAUUUUAAUAUUAUUCUUGUGUUUUAAUUUCGGUUUACAAAAGUGAAAUGUGCGUUGAUCGAUUCCAUAAUCGUUAUUAAUUCUGCGGUGUCAAUGGUAAAAUUCUUGUGUGGUGGUGUUAUAGUGUCACAUAAAUUUGUUCGGUGUAAUAAAUAAUGCCAUCGAUUAGUGUGAUUAUCUGUCGGUGAAAUGGCUUCGAAAUGUGUGAUUAUUUUCGCGUUAUUCGUUUCCAUUUGUGUGAUUCGUGUCAACUCUCAUCCUAUACCAAAUUCAGGAUCGAGCUUAGCUGAAGCGAAAACCUCAACAUCAUGGAAUCUGCUGCUGGCGUUAGCUUUCACGAUAAGCUGCGCCAUUCUAGUAUUCGGAUGCUUAAGUUGCUGCAAACAACGAGCUGGCUUCAAGAAGGAUGAUGAACCGGAAUUCAGGAAUCCGGAAUCAAAUGCCAACAGCGUCGGAUUGGAUUUUGUUAAUCCGCUGCAAGAGGUGAUCAAUCAGCAACCAUCGAGAUAUUCGAUCUUUUCGUCGUUUGUCAGCAGCGCGUCGACGUCGUCCAAGCAACCCGAAUCCGUGGUCACCUUCGAACCAUUGCCCAGAGUUUUGCCGAAUAAAAGUAAUCCAAGGUUACCGCAAUUCAACGUUUACACUGACGGAGUUGGCGUUUCUCAAGAUUGGCUUGGUGACAAAGAUUUCCCUCGAGACCAACUGCAUUAUCUUCGAGAAUGUGGCCAAGGAUGGUUCGGCAAGGUGGUGGAAGGCGAAGCUCGUGGCAUCGUGGCAAACAGCAAUAAAAUCCACCGAGUGUUCGUUAGAAUACUGAAAGAAGACGCAAGCCCGUCUGAGCAAGCUUUCUUCCUUCGAGAAGCCAAACCAUACAGAGAUCUAAACCAUGCCAAUGUGCUCAGAUUGCUAGGCCGGUGUUUGGAGAAUGUGCCUUUCUUGUUGGUUUUCGAAGCUUGCUCGAAUGGUGAUUUGAAGAGUUACCUCAAACAGAACAUUGGUAAUAGAGAUGCAUUGGUAUAUCAGGGUGUUAUUUUAAGGAUGGCCAUCGAUAUCGCCAGUGGAUUAAGCUACAUGUUACAACAUACCUUCGUCCAUACCGACAUAGCGGCUCGAAAUUGCUUGGUUGGUGCCGAUCUCAAAGUUAAAGUCGGCGAUUACGGGAUAAGUUUGCAAAAUUACAAGGAAGAAUAUUAUUUUAACGGCGAUAUCGCUCUACCAAUUAGAUGGUGCGCUCCAGAAACUUUGAAAUGUACUGAAACCACCAUAGAACCACAACAGGUUACUGGAGCGUCGUGUAUAUGGAGUUAUGGAGUUCUGCUGUGGGAACUAGAAGAAUGGGCGGAAUUACCGUAUAAAGAAUUAUCUAACGAUGAAGUAAUUAGUCGAGUUUUCGGUAGCGAAGGAUUGCGUUUGCCGUGUCCCUCAAUGAGGACUCCAUUUACCAAGGAAAUAUACGAAAUAAUGAAAGAAUGUUGGAAAGACUACGUGGAUCGGCCCUCGUUUAUUCACGUUAUCAACGCAUUGUCGGCGUUAUUGCACCGAUUCAAGAAUAAAGAUUUCGACUCCAGAUGGCAUUUGUCGAAACCGAACUCGAUCCCAGUUACCGAUAACGAUGACGAUAAGUCAAACAGACGGCGACUCGCACUAGCCAGCAAAAGCGACAACGAUUCGGGUAUCGACUUGGAUAAUCCGAAACUAUCUAAAGGUCUAUCUCUGCAGCAGUUACAACAGUCCAGCUCCGGUUCACCUAGACAUCGAGUCAUGAACGACGAAUACAGCAGCGGAGAUUCGCCAGCGUCUUCGAGGCGAUACUCAAACAGCUCUACCGCUGAUUUAUUCUCAUCUCCGGUUUCCAUGAAGCAUCAUCGGUCGCCUAGUUUGGAAAAUUUGCACGGUUCUUUGGAUAAUAUUUGCUCGGGUCGGCGCGGAGACGACGUUUUCGAAUAUGCUGGUGGCAGCGGCAGUGGCGGCGGCGAGUUUUCUUGGUACCCCAGAGAAGCGUACCAACAACGCAGAGAUAGCGACAGCAGCAGCACCGUUAGAUCUGGCAAAGAGCAGAAGCUGAACUUCCGACUGGGACUGGUGUCGAAUACCGACUCGGAUGUGCUUUGGAAUAACCAUCAGCUCUUCCAGCCGGACAGUUUGAUCGAAGAUAACUCAUUGACGAGAAGAAUCGACUCGUUGGGAACGGAUACCGAAGACGAGAUGUGGCGCAGACGCAUAGAACGAGGCGAAUUCACCGAAAAGGUUAAAGAAAAAUCGAAGAGCGUCGCCGAUUUGAUGAUCUUGACGCAUAUCGACUGCAGCGAAAGUAGCGAAUCGGAUUCGUUGCCUUCGUUUCACAGCCGCCAAAGUAGUUUCAAGUCAACCCGUCGAGGGUCUAAAAGUAACGUGGUCGCGACCGCGUCCUCGUUGAUGAAUAGUUUGAGUUUCGGCAGCGAAAGCAAUCUACCGGUUGUCGAGAAAGAUCAACAGUUCCAGGAGACGUUGAAAAAAAUCCAAAUUGCCAAAAUCAGCGGCACAGCAGGCGGUGACCUGGAAGACUCGCUGAGCUACAUGUCGUUACAGACGAGCGCCAAUUUACCUUCUGUUGCGAGUAAAGACGGCGCCGGCGGUUCCAAAGGUGGCCAUUUUUUAGCCGAUGAAGCCUCGAAAAAACGUUCUUCGCAAAUUUCUAGUCAAAUUAGUCGUGAAAAUGUGGCCGAAGCGAGCGGUAGCGGCGCCGAUAACAAGUUACCAGUGGUAUGUGCGGCUGAGACGAGCGACGAGGGUGCAGCAGCGGCAGGCCAAAAAUCCAAAUCAGACGAGAGUAAUUUUUUAGUCGAUGAAGCUCGAUCGUGUGCGCGUACAACGGAGGAUAGGGUGGCCGACGUAAACGCAAACGAUUCGAGCGAGAAUGCCAACGAUGAUGAAGAUUUAUCACCCGUCAACGACCCAACGACCGCCUCUAUAUCGUACGACGUCCUCUACUCGUCCUCCUCGUCCUCAUCUUCCUCGUCAUCCGAGUCGUGUGCGUCGAACGACGACUCGGACGCGUCAUCUAGCGCCAACGAUCUCGAUUCGGUGGUGAUAGGGCCUUCGGAAAGUCACACCUUGGAAUUUUUCAAAGGUCUGAAGACCACGCUAGUCGACGCUGCCAAUGCCAAACCGAGCGCUCAAGAAGCCCAGCCCGAAGAUAGCAAAGAACCCAGUGAAGAUGUCCAGUACGAAGAAUCGCCUCGUACGCUCAACGAUUUCCUCAACGAAUGCGACGAUUAUUUCUAUAAAUGCGACGAAGAUAUCAGAAGAGGCCCAGAAACUCGUUUUCGAACCCAGUAUUGCGACUAUUGCUUUGCCAAGUGUCAUUUCAGCAACAACGAGUGUCUGAGAUGUUGUAAAGACCGAUGUCUGGAUGAUAAUUGCUCUUGCGAAAGUUUCGAUAAUUUGGAGAAAUUCCGCAGCGGCGACUGCGCGACCCUGAAUUCGUGCCCUUUCCAGUCAGAUGAUUCGGGCCGAGGCACUGAUCAGAUUAACAGCGGAGACGGCAGCAGCGAUAAGUCGCUCGAAGGUUCGAUUUCGGUGCAAAUGAACGAGGUAAAAAAUCGCCUGGAAGACGUAAUUGCCAAAUUCGUAGCUGACGACAGCGACGAUAACUGCUCCAGUUUGGAGGAAGACAAAGAAGCAACUCAAGUUGUCAACGAAAUCAUCGAAAUCGAAGAACUACCCGAUGACCAAACUGUCGACAAUGAACUCGAAUGCUCAGUGAAAAUAGAAGAACCGAUGGAAGAUGAGAACGGCGCCAUAUCCAGACGAGGAUCGUCGUUCGCCACUUCCGAAGAAUACGAAGUCUCGUUGUCAGUUGACGAAGAUACCUGCGUCAAGUUGCAAUCGCAAGUAUCCGAGGACUCGGGUAACUGCCCCUCCGUGCUUGAUUCCAAAUCUGCCACAGCUUCCGACAGUCCGACCACAGAUAGUGGAAAUUUCGUCAAAGUCGAACAGCUGUUCUUUUCCGUCGAUCCGAAACUAGAAAAGGAAAUGGAACAGUUGAAAUCCUCUACCGAAAACAACAUCGACCAAGAAAACUCAGAUUUGCAACAAAGACGCAGUUUUUCUCCAGAUGAAAUCGAAGAAAAUGUUGACGACGAGCAACAUCCGAAAGAAGCGUACGAAAUUAGCGAUAUUUUGGAAGGCCUGUGCGAACCUAUCUCGUUACCGUAUUCGAUCAACGAGGAAGACGAUGGCGAAGGCGAUGAAGAUUCGUCAGAGUCCAGCUGGCUACCUUCUCCGAUCGACGACGAUUAUAGAAGACGUUUAGAUAUGGAUGAGAAAUUUGUCGAACUUAUUCGAAACGAAUUACUCGAAAAGUUACCGAACACGUCGUCGUCGACUUUGGCUAUCGUUGAACCGCAGGAAGAGGCAUCGUCGGAUGAAAACCCCAGAAUCACUAUCGAGUACAACACGUAUCCUUCGCAGCUGUCACCAAUUCUGGAAGAAGAAGAAGAAGAAUACUCUUCACUAUCGUCAAUCCGUUCAAUGUGCUCCAGUGACGAAGAUGUGGAUGUCGACGGCGGUGGCGAUGGCAGCGACAGCGACAGUGAGGACUGCUCAACAUCUAAAAAAUACUUCUUACCCGAAGACGACGUUCUAAUAGUGAACACUCUUACCAAUGAAGCGUCUAUCGUCGACAAAAGCGAUUCGAAAUCAGCCACAUUGGCAUCGUUCUUGAAACCGAAACUCAACGAAACGUACGAAAUCGAAGAAAACGAAGACGAUACGAUAGAAAUCGCUGAUAAUCUGGAUUCAGACAGCGUUCCAACUCCGGAUAGCCUUUCACCAGGCACUAGUAGUAAAACUGGAGCUCAUUUGUCGUAUUCGUCUUCGGAAUCUGGUAAUCUAUCGGAUGUAUUUCUAUCUCCCUCGUCGUCGAAAAACUUCGACGAAUUUGAUGAAAAAUCCUCGUCAUGCGAUACCAGACAUCUGAACACGCCGGAGAAUACGCUGCUGUAUCCGAGUUCGUCGAAUAAAAACGAUUAUCAGAAGGCCAUCACCAAUAUCGACGAACUGCUGAAGAAUUCACGCGAAUUUCGUGAUAAUUCGGCGGCAGCUACCGCCGCGAUUAACGAGUUCAUCGAUCCGGUUCAAUGUGUCCGAGAUGAUUCUUGGAUUAAGUCGUUCUUUUUACCUUAUCACGAUACGUGUUCGUUGGUCGAAUUUAACAGCAUGUCCGAUAUCUCCGAAUCGGAGUGUAAAUCGUUACCUGCCGAUUUUAAAUCUGAAAAUUGGCCCCCGAUGGACGAACUGUGCGACUCUAAUGAUCGAACUCCGACUAACGAACAAGAAAAACCGAUUGCAGUUGAACCUUAUGAUAGCGCAGAUACUACGAUAGAUGUAGAUCAAAUCGAUUCGACUGAUCCAAAAUCAGAAACUCAUCGUGAAAAUGACGAAGCUGGCAUUCACUCAUCCAAUAAUUUCGAUUCGACUCGAACCAAAGUGAAAAAUUCUUUAGCUCUGUUCGGCAACACCAGCAAACAAAUUCGCAACUUCCACGUAUCAUUGGUAAAAGACGACAACUACGCGUUUGUUUCCAAAACCUCUCCUACUAGUCCGAAAAACAUUGUCGAUUCGUACGUUGCCAACUCGAACCAAAGUUCAGAGAAAACGUGGAAACCUCCUCUAAACGCGUUCCUCAAUUCGCAAAAUUUGGACAAUUUUGGUCUGAAAGAAAUCAACGUAAACGAUUUGAUGUCCACUUCUUUCAUCGAAUGUGGUAGUCAAGAUGGAUCUAUCGAUCAAGAUGAUAUUAAAUCUGACACCGAGUCUGAGGACGGUGAAGAACAAUGUACCAACGAUGAAUUCGAGUGGAAGAAAACUAACGAAGACGAUAACGCUAAUGAAGAAAAAUUCCAUCACGAUUCCGAAGACGAGAACGGUAACGAUGUUGACGAUAAUGAUGACGACGAUGACGACGAAGAUGACGAAGAGUUGGCUGACUUUGUACCAUAUUCGUGGAAUAUUGGAGCUGUUCCGCAGAAAUCCGCUCUCAAGAAUGAAGAAAAAAUCAAAGGUGUCAAGAAGAACGUCUCGUUUAAAAAGCAGAAAUACCACUGCGUUUAUGAGUAUCCCAAAGAUGAAACCAAUUACGUUCGAACUUACGAUGAAAUACUUCAAGAUCGUAUGCUCGGAUUGUGGAGUUUAGACAGAGAUAACUUAUACGCAGAUUAUUCAUCAUUUUCGGAUUGGGAACUGGAUGAUUGCGAAGAGUCACAGACCUGUAGUGAUGAUCUGAUGCCUUAUCCAGGUCUACCAACCACGGUUACUUCUAAGGGCAAUAGUGUUUCUACAAAAUUAGGAUUCUAUACAAUUGGUGCCUAUGACUUGGAUGCUUCUAUCAAAUUAACUUCAGCUAUCGAAGAUAACCCUUCGACGUAUUAUUUAUCUAGUCCUGGAUCGUCCAGUGUCCCAUCGCCGACGACCACCACCUCCUCCUCUUCCUCCAUUCCUCUCAGCAAUGAUACACGUAACGAAGAAACCACAAUUUCUGAAAAGUGCAAUCCUUUCAAAGAGUUGAAUUUGAAUGCCAAAGGAAUAGAAAAUGGAUCAAAAGUUGGCGACGACUACGUCGAUUUACCAUCUCCCGGCCUCGGCGAACUGAAACAUACGAAAAAUCGUUUGAAAUUAGAUUUGAGCGGAAACGCCAGCGCCAGAAAUGAAGAUAAACGAAGUACAACAACUAUUACCAACGCUAAAGAAGAACCGGAUGAAAAUGUGAACGAUGAAGAUGCUGAGAAUAACGCUUUUAAUUACGGGCUUAACUUCAAAUCGUGCGAUAUAUCUCCAGUGGUUGAAUUACCCAAAUCUUUAACAUCGGCUAGUGUAGCCUGAGCUGAAAUUGGUGAUACGGUUCAUUUUUUUGUAAUGGUUCUUGUAUUACGAUUGUGUUGUGAUAUUUCUAUCUUAGUGUUGUUGGAAAAUGUAUCUUGACCUACAUUUACUUAAUAACGUAUUCGAUGUGUUGAAUUUUUAAUGCUCAAUGCUUGAUUGUUAGUUGCUGAUGAUUUACAGUGUAUAAUAAGAUCAUUGAUUGUUGAUUAUUUGAGAAAAAUUUCGAUCAUUGUAUUAUUUACUUAGUUUAUCUUUUAUUUGUUUUGUAUUGACGCGGUUUGAAAGUUGUGUUUUCUCACUGUAUUUAAUUGUUACUUUUUUUUUUUACGUAUUCAACUCUAAUAUCAUCGACUAAAUUCAAACUAAUGCUUUUCCUUUAUCCUCCUUUUUUUUUCAGUUUCGGUUAUUGUCUUCCAUGCCACCACAUAAACGUUCGAAUGACAAAUGAAAAAUAUGGUUUUGAAGUUGAAAAUACGCUAAACAUGGUAAUUGUUGUCAAAUUAUUUUUUAAUGUAUGAAUUAUUCGAUGAAUAAUUUGACUAAUCGUGCGAGUAUAAAGAUACUUUUUUUUGCAUUUUCGAUUUCACGUUUGAACGUAUUACGUACAUCUCGUAAAAUUGCAAUGUGAGCUGUGAUUUUAGGGUUUAAAAACUUUGUAGUACCUACCUAGUUAUAAUUAUGUACUUUUAUCUUUUCUUUUUCUAUUUUAUGUUUUUAUGAUUAAUAAUUGUACGUAUUGAGAAAUUUUAUUAUUAGGUAGUAAGAUUUUAUCCACAUUUAAGCUGAAACGUAUUAUUUUAUUGCACUUUAUUAGCUUUCUUUUCUCUUGCCAGUCAAUCAGGUGUUCCGGAUGAGCACUUGUGAACCGAAUACAAUUCGGGUAUUUUUUAAAAUUAUUUUAUUUUACAAAUUUUAAUGCUAGAGCAAAUGUAUAAAGAUCGGAGAAGUUUUUGUUUACAUUUACGUGUAAAAAUAGUGAAUUGUUUUAGUCGUAUUUUUUUUCUUUUUUUCAAUAUUUUAAUCUCUAUGCAGUCAUGUUCCUUUACGUAUGUAUUUUGUAGGUAUUCUAUAAUGUAUCAAUUUGAGAUUGAAACGUUGUUAUUGUUGAGUAUAUUAUGAUAAUUUUUGUUAAUAUAUUUUUUUUUUUGUAACCGUCCUAUAGAAGUACGUGGUGCUUUGUAUAUAUUUGUUUUUUUUUUUGUAUGUACGUACUACGUAAUUUUUUUCUUCGUUCUUCAUCAUGUGUAUACUUUUUUUUAAAAAAUCGUACGCAUAUAAGCGUUAACGAUAUUGUUUAAUCGUUUAAUUUAUAAAGUGUAAAUUUAUUAAAUGAAUUUUUGAUUUA